AUGGCUCCCCUUGCGCGACCUUCAUUUGUCCUUACCAUCCUUGCCCUGAUCUUCUUUGGCGCGUCUGCUACUGCUGAAUAUGACUCGCUUCCUACCACUUUCAUCACCGCUGCUUCUAUGCUGGCUUUCCGACAUGAUACAGACAAUAGCAUGAAUACCCGCGAAGGAUUAUCAUACACGGUCGUUGCUGGCCACACCGCUGGCGGUACUGCUACCAAUCUUGGAAUAUCACGGUCACACCUGACAGCUGCGAACGGUGAAGCUCACACUGAUAACCGGCAUUCUCGUCAAACUGGCACUGCUCUCUCGAUUUCAUUGCUGCCCAUACAGCAUAGCUCGACCUCGACGCGUCAGGCAUUAUCCUCGUCUAUCUCCAACAACCCGGUCCCAAAGCGGUCUCCAAAUGCCGCUCCAGAUACAUGGACAGUAUCUUCUGGUGACACCGGUGAAGAUAUCGCGUCCAAAGUGAGCAAGCCUUUUGCUGAAAUCUCGGCGGCCAAUCCAACGGUUAUAUGGACUCUACUCUCCAUUGGUGAGACGCUGAGAAUCCCUCCUCCGACUUCCGCCACGUCAAUCGAAGCUACAUUUCUGACACAGACAACCGCACCAAAUGUGGCAUCUACCUUGAUCAGCCAAUCGCCUUCAGCUUCGGCUUCUAGACCGUACACCGUUCUGCCAGGUGAUACUGGCUACAUCAUUGCUGCGAAAGCAGGUUCGACCUUUGAACAGAUCUCAGCUGCCAACGCUGAGGUGGCUUGGUCUGCGCUUACGGUAGGCCAAAUUCUCAGUUUGCCACCUACGACAGAAACGCAGCCGCCUGAUGCUGCAACCAGACCAAUGGCCACAAACACAGUGCUGUCUCUAGCAUCUGCAUCUGCGAAUGCUGGGUCUGGCAUUUCCAAGCUAGUGGGCAACUUAGCCGCCAAACAACUCGACCUCACCAAUGGAAAGACGUCCGCUCCGGAUACAUACACCUUCUACUCGGGAGAUGGUUCAGUGGAGGCUGGGUGGCCACCAAUGUCAGAUUGGCUUUCAUAUGACGCCCUGCUGCAAAACGUGAAGCCUUACAUUGGCCAGAACUGUAUCAACAAUGCCCCGGGAAAUACUCCGAUUGAGACUGCACAGGUCCUUGAUGCAAUCAUAAACAUUGCCAACGAGACGAACAUGGAUCCCCGGUUCAUCCUCGCCGUGGUGAUGCAAGAGUCAAAUGGCUGCGUCCGAGUGGCAACGACUGCUGUCAGCAACGCGAAUCCGGGCCUCAUGCAGAGUUAUAAAGGCAAAGCAAGCUGCGACCUGAACGGAGUACCCCUUUCCCCUUGCCCUCAGUCCAGCAUUCACCAAAUGAUUGUGGAUGGGACAGCUGCGCGAGUGGACGGGCCGACCUUGAUCAACGCUCUGAAUAAGGCUCAGCAAAUGGACAAUUGUGAACCCGCACAAGCGUUCUACCGUGCUGCUCGUCUCUACAAUUCGGGCAUGAAUAGCCUGCAGUCAGGUCUGGAUCUUGGGGUCGUGACCAGUGGCACUCCAUGCUACUCUAGCGAUAUCGCCAACCGCUUGGUGGGCUGGGUUAACGCUUCGACAAUGUGUUUUCUGAAGAGGUCUCUUUCUCGGCCAUGA